GCUUAUUUAGACCUCUAGAGCUGGCAAGGUGUUUUGUCACGACUGCCUAAUUGCCCCCCACGCAUCCCACUUGGGGUGGCGGCAUUCACGCGUGGAGAGCACCAAACGUCCGUCCUCCAUGCUUGUAACGGCAAAAGACGCGAGAAGCCAAAAAAGGGCAAACGCUAUUCAAUGAAACAAUGCAAAUUGCACAUGACAGACAAAAAAAUAACCAUUGAAGUCCAUAAGCAUGUCAGCAAAAUAAUUGCUCUUCAGCAAAAGGCCAACCGGAUGAAGCCGAAAAUGUCAUUCCCAGCUGAGCAAUUGCAAGCAUCAACUGGCGUCAUCAACGCCACACACGGAAUUAUUCUUGCUGCUUCCGCUUGGUUACUAAUGGAACUCUCGGAGAGACUCAAUUGAACAUAGGCGGAUUAAUUUAUCAUCCCAAAGCACCGACCUCGCUGCGGCGCCCUUGGAAAAAAUAGAAGCAGAAAAGAAGGGAAAAAAGGGCCCAUCGCUCAAGCACGCCAUCGGCACUUUCUCCAUCGUAAAGCACGGGACCCUCUCUCUGUCAAAUGCGAGAUGACAAGCUUAAAAUGUCCGCCGGCUCAGCCUGCAUUUUAUGUUACAUUUUAACUACAAAGUACGAAGAGGGGGCACGCGACGGACAAAAAACGCUAAAGUUGAGACCAAUUUACCACUUCGGCUAGUGCAGCUCUUCGCUUCUUCUGUUCUCCGUUGACCGGCGCCUGUCCGCUUUCAUUCCUCUUACACUGCGCUCGCCGCACCGCUCUUCCUUUGCUCCGUCAUCGCUUCGCGACAAAUCUCACACACAAUGUCAGAGUCACCACCCCCCAAGGACCUCAAAUCAGAGUCCUACGGCCAGCACCCGCACGUCGAUCUCGUCGAGGGCACCAUGUCUGCCGACCGCUUGCGCCGCUCGCUGUCGGCGCGCCAGGUCCAGAUGAUUGCCAUUGGCGGCACCAUUGGCACCGGUCUCUUUCUGGGCACCGGAAAGUCGCUGGUUACUGGCGGCCCAGCGUCUAUGCUCAUUUGCUACUUUAUUGUUGGUGUCAUUGUCUUUAUUACUAUGCUGAGCUUGGGCGAGAUGGCUGCCUUUAUGCCCAUUGCCGGUAGCUUCUGCACAUAUGCUGGGCGCUUUGUUGACGACGCCUUCGGAUUCGCCUUGACGUGGAAUUACUGGUUCAACGACGCCGUGUCGACAGCCUCGGAUCUCGUCGCCCUCCAACUUGUCUACAGCUACUAUUUUGAUCCCGAAGGAAAAGGCGACGUCCACGAGGCCUUUCCAGGUUGGGCGCUGAGCCUGAUAUUCUUCUUUAUUCUCUUGGCCGCCAAUAUCAUCACUGUCCGCGCCUACGGCGAGGUUGAGUACUGGCUGAGUUUGCUCAAAGUUAUUACUAUUAGCGUCUUCAUCGUCAUGGGCAUUGUCGUCAAUGCAGGCGGUAACGCUACCGGCCAGUACAUUGGUGGCAAGAACUGGCAUAUCCCCGGCGCGCCGUUUGUUGGCGGUAUAGGCGGGUUUGCCUCGGUGUUUGUCACCGCAUCCUUUGCUUAUGGCGGAACCGAGUCGAUUGCCAUUACGGCCGGCGAAACGAAAAACCCGACCAAGAACCUGCCGCGCGUGGUCAAGAAUGUCUUUUGGCGAAUUCUGCUCUUCUACAUCCUGUCUGUGCUGCUCAUUGGCCUCAACGUGCCAUACACCUACGAGAACCUAUACAAGAAGUCGGCCGCCACUUCACCAUUUACUAUUGUCUUUAAGCAGACCGGUGCCAACGCCGCCGCCUACGUCGUCAACUCGGUCAUCAUGACGAGCGUCAUCUCAGCAGGCAACCACGCCCUGUUUGCGGGCUCCCGCCUGCUCUAUACCCUUGCUGUGGACGGCCAUGCACCGCGCGUGUUUGGCAAGCUGAACAAGAACCAGGUACCGUGGGUCGCGGUUCUCGGCACCAGCGUCAUUUCUAUUCUGUGCUUCGGGUCCAGCUUCAUUGGCGCCGGCCAGCUGUGGACGUGGUUGCAAAACAUCGUUGGUGUGUCGAACCAGCUGAGCUGGAUCGCUAUUGGUAUUGCGUCGAUUCGCUUCCGCGCCGGUCUCGAGGCCCAAGGCAAGACGCAUCUGCUGCCGUUCCGCAACUGGACAUACCCAUACGGCCCGUGGUUCGUUGUCAUUCUCAACAGUUUCCUGGUGCUCAUCCAGGGCUGGAGCUGCUUCAGCCCGACCUUUAGCCCCGUCGACUUUGUCAGCUUGUACAUUGAGCUGCCCAUUAUGGCGCUCAUGUUUGUUGUCUGGAAGGUCAUCAAGAAGACCAAGUUUGUCAAGCUGCAUGAGAUGGAUCUCGAAACAGACGUGUACAUUGAAGACCCUGAAAAGAAGGACGACGAGUUCCCUCCCGGCUGGAAGGGUAAGGUCAAGCGCGUUAUAAACUGGGUGUUUUAAGACCAUGUGUCUUGUACAUAGGCAUUUUAUGAACCUUUUCUUCUUUUGUAUAUACAUGCUACUCCUCCAUUUUGGCAUAUAAUUAGCAUCGUUUUUCUAUUUUCCGGCUUAUCCCCUAGUUGACAAAAUUUGAUAUCCACUUCUAUAUAUUGAUAAUCUGUUGCCGCAUGAUCUCCAAACUACGCCACCAAGAUCGACCCCGCAAUCCCAGUACUCUCUUCAUCACACAUUCAAUUCGUUUCAUGGCUCCUUUAUGUGCUUGAUUCAGACUUUGAUUACUAUACUCGGG